AUUAUGGUAAGUUUUAUGCUUGUAAAUGGAGAACAGUUGAAUUUGAUGCUAACCUUUAUGAAUUUUUGUCAUUGAAAUUAUGUAUAAAGAGUCCAUUAAUCCCCUUAUUCUUUUACUACAGUUACUGGUGCACACCAAAAAGAAAUCCUUCACUUCUGUUUUAUCAUUAUAAAAUAAAUAUUUUGCUAGUGUAUUAAACAUACAUGGUGUGACUUUAUAUAUUUGCAUGAGCUGAGCAUAGUUCAGCAUUGUCAUUCCCAGAGAGAUGAUCCUUCCCUUCAUCCCAACACACAAUUUUUGCUCAGCCUGUUACUAAGGCUCAAAUUCUGCUGCUGCCUCUUAACAAUUCUUACGGUUUCAGAAAGUCCAUUUAAACAGGCCAUAACUGGAUAAAGGGGCCUUAGAAAACUUUACUUUGAAAAUAAGGCUUUGUGAGAAUGCUUCCCCCUGCUCCCACUGCUUCCAGGGUUUUUUUUUAUAGUUUUUUUGGAAUGCAGUUGUAGGCCUUAAACUGGAAAUUCAGCUGCAGAGGUGGUUGUUAGUAGUGAAAAAGAUGUUAAUAACUACCAAGACCUCACAUGUGCAAAGUGUAGAGUUCCAAAAAUGUGCCAAUUCCCUCCGAAUAGCAGGAUUUACUGUUCAAACUUUAGAGGGUCAAGUGCUCAAGACUUAUCUGAUGUAGGCACAUGGCACACACAGAAAUCCAGCUGAAACAUGGGACACGUGCUGCAAGCAGGAGUUGAUGUUUCUGAACAAGGAGCAGAGUGCUGGCAGCAACGAGAGGAAAUUUUGGCUUAAGGCUGGUAAAGUCCCAAAACCACUGCCCAGCUCGAGACAUUGAUGGAUCAUUCUCCAAGCCUUGGAGUUGGUAUUGUUAACGUAGUUUGUGUUUGCAGCCCCAGCUCAGCCUCCAGGUUUCCUCACAGUGUCCUGACUUACCAGAGUAUAUUUUUAGUGUAUUCCUACUCCCCAAGUUUUGUGUUCUGUUUGGGAGAGGAGGAGACCUGUAACUUCAGAAGCUUGUAAAGAACCCAAUGUAAUAAUAAGUAGCAGUGCUACUGAACCAGCUGCUUUUAGUCCAUGGGGAACUGUAAGUUAUAUUAAUUUUUGCUUUAUUUUCACAUUAAAAAUGCUGCAUUUUUAUUAUUGAGUGAAACAGAAAUUUCCUAAGCCAUCUCCCACUGAAAUGACACGUGUGGUUUUCCAAAGAUUUUAAGGAGUCAGUGGCAGCUUGUGACAAACCUUUGUUCAGAAACUAAUUUGAUUUAUUUUUCCCUUGAUGCCAGUGUUUUUUUCUGAAAGUAAUGGAAAUGUGUAGUGGAAGUGUUUUCUCAAGCCUGAAUUGUUUGUUGAAAUAUGGUGUAAGCAGACCCCUGGUGACAUUUCCCCUCUGAUUUUUAUACUGGACACCCCAAAUGAAAUCUUUGGUCACCAAUAGGUUCRGUUAAGGUAAAUGUUUAGGUUUUAGUUGUAUUUUAGUCUGAGUCUGCUGUAACUUAGAGAGUCUGAAACUCACUUCAUUUAAGUGAUUUUUAGAGAAAGGGAGUGAUUUUGCUCUUCUACAUAUGUGGUUAUUUAUAAAAGUGUAACAUUGGAUAUUUGAUUGAUUAACUGAAGUUUUCAACUUGAUGAGCUGUCAUGAUGGGGUUUUGAAGUGAAGAGCCAAACCAGAAAAAAAACUUGCUGUAUACCCACUUGAGAGAAACUGUAGRUCUGGUACAUGCACAAAUUCGGUAGUGAGGGUUUGUGUCUGUGAYUGAGCAGAGAGAAAUGCAAUGGCUCAGCCACCAAAAUGAGGGGAAAGCCUUUCUCCUCUUUGAUUUUAAAAAUUUURAAGUCAGAUUAGUCAUCCAUAUAAAGUUGCUCAAAAACCUAAGGUAGCUCUUUGAACUGAUGCCUGUUUUACUUUUGUGGAGAGGGGAGAAAAAUUACUCAGGGCUAAAAUAUUGCUGGUUUUCAAAUCUUACAUUUUACAAUUAUAAUCCUGAUGUCUGAAACAUUUAUGAGGGUUUGUAUGUUUCUACAUCCUCUGCUGCCUUCAGAACUGAAAACCUUUAUUUUGUAAGUUAGCCAGGAAAAGGUUUGUACUGUUUAAAAACAUCUGAAAACUACUAAGAGUGAGUGAGUGCUAGAAAAGUACUCCUCUUCAGUAAACUUGGAGCAGUAGUGGGAUGAAGUAUCUGAAUGUUCUUUUAAAAUCACAAAAUUAAGUUAUUCCAGCUGGAGUGCAUCARAUCUUUCAUGUGGUCAACUCUGCUAGUUGAAAUAAGAGCAGAAGGUCAAGUCAUUAAUUUGUAAAUGCUUGCUAAUAAUUUUAACAACCUUGCACAUAAUUGAGAUACUUCAGAGCUCAUUAAAACUGGCAACAAAAGGGCUGGAAAGAAUUUCAUCAUCUUUCCAUUGAUGGCAGCAUAUAAUUGAAUCAUAGUAUAAAAUCUGUAAAUGUAAUUAGAAGAAUUUCACAGUUUGCUCAUGCAAAAUUCUUCCCUAUUCCAUUGUUCAGCAAAGGCACUCAGAAUAGACAUUUUCUAGUGGGCGGCUGCUUUGGAAAACCACGCUCUGUGCAGAAGGUUAAGGUGAGUUAAGGUGUGGUGGAGGAAACGCCUGUGCUCAGAGGCAGCUGCAGAAGUGGGUGGUGGGAGAGAGGGUUGGGACGAGCCAUAGCCAUCACAUCAGGCUGGGAUUUGCUCCACAGUCAGCAGCAUGAGAGAUCACAUAGACCUGCUGGCCACYGUCACAGUUCUGGGAGUCCUGGAGCAAGCCUAUUUUGCAAUGCAGGUGAUCUACGCCCGUCGGAAGUACAAGAUUGCCCCUCCUGAAACAAGAGGUCAUCCUGAAUUUGAGCGGACCUUCAGAGCUCAGGCAAACUGUUCCGAGUACUUCCCCAUCUUCAUUUCCCUCCUCUGGGUUGCUGGAAUCUUCUUCCAUCAAGGUGUGACUGCGGCGUGUGGGCUGUUGUACCUCUACAGCCGCCUCAAGUACUUCCAGGGAUACACCGAGGCUGCACAGGGACGGUUGGGGCCACUGUAUGCCAGUGCCUGGCUGCUCUGGCUGCUGUUGGGGCUGGCACUGUCUGGGCUCCUGGCACACUUCCUGGAGCUCAGCUCCUCCUCAUGGAUGGCAGCACUGGCGCGGACACUCCAGCUACAUGGUGCCUGGUGAGAGGAGCCACGGCCAUCCCGAAAUCCACUGUUUGCYCCUGGCACAGGAGAGGCAGUCACGUGGCACCAUCAGAGAGAGAAUAUUUCCCUUGUUCCAUUUGCCUCUGAAGGGAGGUGGAUGCUGGCACUCCUCUGCUCUUCAAAGAUAAUUUCCCUUCUAGAAAGCAAAUGCUYUCCAGCCCCAGCCCCUGCUGAGGAGCUUCACUGCUGGGCUUUGUAGCACUGUCUGCUCUAAAAUGCCUCUGGCUCUGCCUCCUGGAGCACAGACUGACCCAUAUGCUCUCAUCUCUCCUCCUUAUUGCUGUAUUGAUCUGUGUUGAAGAAUCACACCAUGGAUAUAUGAAAAUAAAUUMUUCUUCUCAGUAGAAAUCACCUGUGAUUGUCAAAGGUGCUCAGAGACUGGUGUGAGAACAUCUGAGCUGGGCAMUGGGCCUCAUAGGAAAGCUGUUGUGAUUUACUGGAAAGAGUGGGUAAACUUGCCUAAAACUGUAUCCAAAUAUUGGGAGAAAAGCCUGACCCUAAUCCAGGUGAAGUCUGUGUUUGGGAUUGAUGGAAUGACUUUCACCUGGCCCCAGUUUCACUUAUCACCCAUCCUGCAGUUC